AUGGCAGAGAAUACUUCGCCCACAAAGCUGGGCCAGCAGUACAACUUGCAUGUGAUGAAUAUGCAAUCUCCUAACAGAUUUGACUUCGAGAAUGAGGAUACAAGGAACAGCACUAGUGGGUCAGUGUAUGGAACAGAUAAUGAACGAGAUAUAUGGUCUGCGAAUGCAAGAGGCACACCGCUAAGUUUUAGUAGCAGUGGUAAUAACGAUGGAGACUCAGCGAAGGCUGAUGCAUCCACCUUGCCUUCAGCCAGUUUUGGUGGUGGGGGUUCCAAUAUUUCAUCAAAAGUCAUAGAAUCACUGAAUGUCCAGGUGGAUACUCUAAGUAAUACGAAUUUACAACUCACAAGUCAGUAUCAAGAAGUACUGAAGAAAUUACAGGACGCAGUUGACCGCGAAGCAGAAUGGUCUGAGACAGUAUCCAAGUUGCAGGUACACAACAGAGAGAUAAAUACUGCACUCGAGGAUAAAACUGCUGAGUUAAAGGAAUGUGAUAACAAUUUACUUGCAAUCAAAAAGGAAUAUGAGCAAAUAACUACCGAGAAUUCAAAGCUGGCUUCUGAUUACAAGGAAUUGUCAAAGUCACUAGGUAGCUUGAGAGGUCAGUAUGCAAAAUCAAAGAUAAGGAAAAAUAUCUUACAAAGUUUACAGGAGGAAUAUAAGCAAGCUUGUAAUGAUGAAAUUGAAGCAGUACGGAACAAUCUUGAUAUGGUGGAAAGUAAGAUAGGCCAUUAUAAUUCAGAUGAAAAGCAAAAGCUUGAUGAUAUAUUGGAUGCACACUCUGUACUCGAAAAAGAAGUGACUUCACGGAAACUUGAGAACGAAACGGCUAUCGAGGAGCUUGAAACUAAAUGGAAUGAUCUUUCCACAAAGGUUCAUCUUGAGUCAAUCACUGAGCAUUACUCUAGCUUUAAAUCAGAGCUCACAGAACUAUGUGAGAAGAUGGAUAUACCUGUAAAGCAAUUUCCACAGACCACAAGAAACAGGACGCCCAACAUGGUUAUGGAGAGAAGCAGAUUCAGGAAGCCAACGCCUGACGCAUCCAAGAGGGCAAGUUUCUACGGUAUCACUUCUCCUAUGUUACAACAAGGAUUCAAAAUACCAGAUGUUGCUAGUUCUAGCGCUGGCAAACCUAAGAAUAGUGUACUUCCGGGUGUAAAAUCAAAGAGAUAA